ACCUCUAACCUACGGCUGAAUUAUGAAUUAGCAAAUUAAAUAAAAAUCCAAAAAUUGAAAAGUGUUGCCGCGUUGCUUUGUGUUCGUCGUUUCCUUUGACUUUUUUUGUAUAAAAAGUGAAAGAUUUUCAAAAAAAAAAGAUAGAUAGGCCUCCGCGGUUCGUCUACGGUGCGUUUUCAACUUGCGGAUUUGGCGCAAAAUGGCAAUGAACUCUUCACAAGUCAAAGCACAACAUUUACAGCAACAAAACAACAUGGCUGGUGGCGUUGGGGCUAGUGGUUGGCCUAGGACCCGAGGAAAUUCACAAUCUUCUUCGACACCGACCACCCCAAUUGAUGGACCCAAAUUCAACACAUCCAGUACUGCAAUUAAUAGAAUAAUUAACCUAUAUCCUCUUACAAACUACAUUUUCGGUACAAAAGAGCCCCUCUUUGAAAAAGACCCAUCGGUGCCGGCUCGUUUUCAACGAAUAAGAGACGAAUUUGAAAAAAUCGGUAUGAGAAGAAGCGUCGAAGGCAUACUUUUGGUGCACGAGCACGGGUUACCUCAUGUUUUGCUUUUACAGUUGGGUACCACCUUUUUUAAGCUUCCGGGUGGUGAAUUGGGGCCAGGCGAAGACGAGGUAGAAGGCCUUAAAAGAUUAUUGACUGAGACCCUCGGCCGUCUAGACGGUGUUAAACAAGAAUGGCACGUUGAAGACAUCAUCGGUAAUUGGUGGAGACCGAAUUUCGAACCACCUCAGUACCCCUAUGUACCGCCCCACAUCACUAAACCCAAGGAGCACAAACGACUCUUUUUGGUGCAACUUCAAGAAAAGGCUCUUUUUGCUGUACCGAAAAACUACAAGUUGGUAGCGGCGCCUCUGUUCGAGCUCUAUGACAAUUCGCAAGGAUAUGGACCAAUAAUUUCAUCCUUGCCUCAAGCUUUGUGCAGAUUCCAGUUUAACUAUAUGUGAUCUCGCGUUCCAGAAGCGACACGAUUAAAUUAGAAUUUCCCCUCAAUGCCAGAUUUACCCUUAUGGAUUUUCUCGAUAACCGGCAUAAUAUUUAUGACUACCUUUCAUUGACAAAAUGAACCCUAUUUUCCUACUUCCGACCUUGGAGAAAAAUGUUUUUUUAGACACUGUAUCUUAAUAUAUUGCUACCAAUAAAAUAUUUUUAAUUGAAAUUGUAUAAAAAUGCAAGAAGUUCUUGUUUGGAAUUUAUUUAGUUUUAGGAAUAAUUCGUGGUGACUUUUUUUGUAUAUUAGUUAUGUAAUAGGCUUUAAGUAUAAAACAAAACAAAAUAGUUUGUCAACAAUAUAAUAGACUUGUGAGGGGUUUUAAAUUGCAUUCUUUAUUUGUUAAUAAAAAUUUUGUUUAAUAUG